ACUUUGGCUGUGAAGCGUGCCUCGUUGCUCACUAAACAAUUGAGUGAUUCCAUUGUGCAGACUGCCAGGUCUGGUACACUAACCAAGGAUGAUAAAUCGCCUGUGACUAUUGGAGAUUUUGCCCUGCAAGCGAUCAUCAACCACGCUAUUAAAUUGAAUUUCCCUAGCGACGAGAUUGUUGGUGAAGAGGAUUCACAGGAAUUACAGGAAAAUAGCAGUUUAGCUGACCAAGUAUUAAGUCUAAUCAUCAAGAUCCAACAGGAAACUAGUGUGUACAAUGAUGUUGUUGGAACAUUGACAGACAAGAACAAAGUGUUCCAGAGCAUCGAUUAUGGUAACUCGCAAGGUGGACUGAAGGGGAGAUUCUGGGCAUUGGACCCAAUUGAUGGGACCAAAGGAUUCCUCAGAGGUGACCAAUUUGCAGUGUGUUUGGCAUUGAUUGAAGAUGGGAAAGUGGUAUUAGGUGUUAUUGGAUGUCCAAACUUACUGGAAAACAUUGUAUCGAACGAAGAACAUUCAGGGGUUGUUGGUGGGUUGUACUCUGCUGUCAAAGGAGUUGGCUCAUUCUACAGUGAGUUGUUCAAAGAAGGUACUGAGCCAUUGUCACAACAAAAACCAAUAAAAAUGCAAAACCACACAAACCCUAGCCAGUUGAAAGUUGUUGAAGGUGUUGAAAAAGGUCAUUCUUCGCAUUCAACCCAAGCUGAAAUCAAAGCUAAAUUGGGCUUUGAUCCAACCACUGUGGCAAAACAAACUGUUAACCUCGACUCACAAGUCAAAUACUGUGUGUUGGCAAGUGGACAAGCAGACAUAUAUCUCAGAUUGCCAGUAAGCGAUACAUACCGUGAGAAAAUCUGGGACCAUGCAGCCGGUAACAUUUUAAUAUACGAAAGUGGUGGUCAAGUAGGUGAUGUUACUGGUGCACCAUUGAAUUUUGGUAAUGGCAGAACAUUAGAUUCUAAAGGUGUGAUUGCCGCAAAAWAA